AUGCCGGAUCGGAAGUGUGAUCCUAAUGAUGCACAAACUGGACAGAGUAUUGCGGUUCCCGACGUCCCAUCCCAGACUACCCAAAUAGACGCAGGCGGACCCUCGGACAUCGAACCCCUCGCGAGGUCGGACGCUACAAUGGUGGCAGCGAAAGAGCCGAACCCGCAGCCAAGAACCAGUACAACGAAUCCUAUUCCAUCUUCUUUCAAACCCUACGAUGGGAGUAAGGAUUUUUCGUGCUGGCUGCGCCGACUUAAGUUCCACCUGGACGACGUGCCACAAGACGAACGUAGCCGUACGGUUCUUCAACACCUUGCCGACGACCAGAUGGACAAAGCACUCGACGCCGGCCUCACUCGCUACACCCCCUUCCAAGUGCUGUGCGACCAGUUGCAGAGGCUGUUCCAACCUCCCUUGACCAUAGAGGAGGCUAUCGACCAGUUGCUGAAACGCUCCUUAAGGAGCGAUGAGACUCCUCGGCAGUUCGCCGACGCCUUACUGCAGCUGACACGCGAUGCUUAUCCCUCUCUUUCUGCGGCCGAUAGAGACCAAGUGGUCCUUUUUCACUUCAAACGCGGUCUCGGGUCCCCAGAAGUGACGUAUUCCCUGAGGAUCCAGCCACCGGGCGACCUCAAUGAAGCAAUCCAGCGAGCAUCCCGCAUGCUGACAACCGACUCCCCAUCAGAGGCUAAUCACGCCCGGACUGAACCGUGGAAACACAACCCAGACCGCAGGCAGCAGAGCAGCACCUGGACCAGACCACACUACCCGCCGUCACAACGCUUCAACCGCGGCAGCCGACCCCCUAUGUUCCGCACGCCCUAUCGACCCCCACCGCCCAACACCGAGCCAAGACAAGGCCGGGGGAUUCGCGACAGUACAGCGGCGGCGAUUACUAAGGAAGGUAACCAUAUAAUUCCCGUCUGCUUUGAUUAUACGUCACAUAAUUUGCCGUUUUACACGACACUCUACCUAGACAACAAACCCGUCAAGGCACUAGUCGACACAGGGACCACCACAUCAUUAGUUCGGGCAGAGGUAUUAGACGCUAAGUGGCUUAACCUCGCCAGACAAAGCGGCCACUCACCUCAUCUCAAAACCGCAGACGGGUCACCCAUGACCACGUUAGGGUCGGUUCGACUGCCCAUCUCAUUCCCGGCCAGCGUUAAGGAACAAACUUUCGUCGUCACUCACAAGUUGUCGUGGGACAUGAUACUCGGGCUAGAUUUCCUUUCUGCACAUAACUGCUGUAUCAUGGUCAAAGAUCGCAUACUUUCCUUAGGGCAUAGGUCAGAGCCUAACAACCCGCCAGGCACCGAGUUUGACGAGGAAGCCACCUGCGCGGCCAUCGCAGCAUCAGUUGCCUUACCACCCACAAGCGUAGACACGGUCUUACCCCCAGACGAUACAGUCGCCCUCACAGACAGGGAAGAAUUAAGGUCACUCCUGACUGCGUUAAGCGAUGUCUUCGCACGGGACGAUACCUCCUUAGGUCGCACAGCUGUCAUCCGUCACAGCAUUGACACAGGAACGUCGAAGCCGCUGUGGCAACCACCACGCCGUAUUCCACCACACUCUCAGAAAAAGGUGAAUGACCUAAUUCAAACGAUGCUGACCACAGGGAUAAUCCGCCCCUCCAGAUCCCCAUGGGCAUCGUCAGUGACAUUAGUGCCAAAAAAGACGGCAGACUCCGAUUUUGUAUAG